GUGCGUGCCGUGCGUGGCCGGUGGAGCGGGGCCGCAGCGGCGGGGCCGGGGGCCGGUGCCGGUGCCGCGGCGAUGCUGGAGGAGGCGGGCGAGGUGCUGGAAUCGGUGCUGAAGGCUUCGUGCCUGCCGCUGAGCUUCCUGCUCUUCGUGCCCGCAGUGCUGCUGCUGCUGCUGGGCCCGCCGCCCGCCGCGGAGGCCGCGCACGAGUUCACCGUGUACCGCAUGCAGCAGUACGAGCUGGGCGGGCAGCCCUACGGCACCAGGAGCGCGGUGCUCAACACGGAGGCGCGCACGGUCGAGGCGGACGUGCUGAGCCGCCGCUGCGUCAUGAUGCGCCUGGUGGAUUUCUCCUACGAGCAGUACCAGAAAGCUCUGCGCCAGUCCGCGGGUGCUGUGGUCAUCAUCCUGCCCCGAGCCAUCUCCUCUGUCCCGCAGGAUGUCGUCAGGCAAUUCAUGGAGAUCGAGCCGGAGAUGCUCGCGAUGGAAACCAUCGUGCCAGUCUAUUUUGCAGUGGAAGAUGAAGAGCUGCUGUCAAUCUAUGAGCAAACCCGGGCUGCUUCUGCCUCGCAGGGCUCUGCCUCGGCUGCAGAAGUCCUGCUGCACACAGCAACUGCCAAUGGCUUCCAGAUGGUGACCAGCGGGGCUCAGAGCAAAGCCAUCAACGACUGGCUCAUCCCCAGCGUGGAGGGAAGGCUGACGGGGCUGGGUGGAGAAGACCUGCCCACUGUUGUGAUAGUUGCCCACUAUGAUUCUUUCGGAGUGGCUCCAUGGCUGUCACAUGGGGCUGACUCCAAUGGCAGCGGGAUCUCGGUGCUGCUGGAACUCGCCCGGCUCUUCUCCCGGCUCUACACCUACAGACGUACGCACGCGGGGUACAACUUGCUGUUCUUUGCAUCUGGAGGUGGCAAGUUUAAUUAUCAAGGAACCAAGCGGUGGCUGGAAGACAAUUUGGAUCACACUGAUUCCAGCCUGCUGCAGGACAACGUAGCGUUUGUUCUCUGCCUUGAUACUCUGGGUCGAGGCAACAGCCUCCACCUCCAUGUCUCCAAGCCUCCCAAGGAGGGCACUUUGCAGCAUGCGUUUCUGAGGGAGCUGGAGACGGUUGUUACCAGCCAGUUCCCAGAGGUGAAGUUCUCCAUGGUGCACAAGAAGAUAAACCUGGCUGAGGACAUGCUGGCGUGGGAGCACGAGCGCUUCGCCAUCCGCCGCUUGCCCGCCUUCACCAUCUCCCACCUGGAGAGCCACCGGGACAGCCGGCGCAACAGCAUCAUGGACAGGAGGUCACGAGUAGACACUAAGGCACUAACCAGGAAUACCAGGAUCAUUGCUGAGGCUUUGACAAGGGUCAUCUACAACCUAACAGACAAGGGCGCACCUGCAGACCUGCAGAUCUUCACGGACCAGAUGCAGAUCCAGCAGGAGCAGCUGGAAUCAGUGAUGGACUGGCUGAGCAGUCAGCCCAGGGCUGCGCAGCUCAUUGAUAAAGACAGCACCUUCCUCAACACCUUAGAAUAUUACAUGGGUCGCUACCUGAAGGAUGUCAAACAGCAUCACGUAAAGGCAGACAAAAGGGACCCUGAGUUUGUGUUCUACGACCAGCUGAAGCAGGUGAUGAAUGCAUACAGGGUCAAGCCAGCAAUCUUUGACCUGCUCCUGGCUGUCUGCAUCGCCGCCUACCUUGGUGUUGCCUAUGUGGCAGUGCAGCACUUCGGUCUCCUUUACAGGAUGAUACAGAGAUUAUCUCUUAAAACCAAGCAGCAGUGAAGCCCCAAGGCACCAACCCAGACAGCAGCACUGAGCCAUCGGUGAGCCCAUCAGGAACUUUUUCUGCCUUCCGUUGAAUCCUGCUGGUUUUCUUCCUCUGUCUCCUCUUUGCUCCUCUAUAGAGGGGAGGAAGGCAGAAAGAACAUGACAUUUUAACUCUUGUGCACCUUUGAAGUGCUUUUCUUCACCUUCUUCCCCUGCAUUUGCACCAUGUCUGGUUUCCUUUGCUUUUGGCAAGGGAAAGGCUCAGAGACAUCAGGAGUUCUGCAGGUUGAUCCAACACUGGCUGGUUCUGAGCAGCUUCUGUGAGUGUAAAAGCGAGUCCAGCACCUUCAUGGACACACAUGUCAUACUACAGAGUAGAGUGAUGUAUGACCUCUGCCCAGCAAACAGGACUCAGAGCACUUGUUUUAACCAAAAAGAAGUGCAUGUGAAAUUAAAGAGAAUACUAUUAGCAUGGUUUCUUAUGGCACCUUAUCUUCCAGGCCUGGCUUUAGGAAGGUGUGUUGAGCAAUUAGACUGUGCAAUAACUCCCUCCCUUCAAGGAGCUGCACUGGAACUGAUCUCUUCUGUUACUGGCAGGAUGAGUCAAGAUUGGUCAAGCAGGUUCCUUGCAGUAGGGUUUGUGCCAGGGCAGAUUCCCUCCUGUCUCCCGUGGAAGAUGCAUUGUGCUGGGUACUUGGUUUCUCUGGUCCUUGAGCAGUUCACGGCUGCCAUCGCUCUGUACUAACCUCUGGCUUGGUUUUGAAGAGGUGUUCUACAGGUCCAACUGCUGCAGGGCCUUGUUCUGUGCUGUUCCAUGUAUUUAAAUGAACUGGUCGUAGUAAUAACAAGAGCAACCCAGCUCCUGCUGAGCUCUGGUCUGUAAUCCCUUCACUCUCCAUUCCUCAGCUUUCACUUCCAGAUGGGGUCUGGAUUUUGGGGGGGGUUCCCAUGUUCAUCUGCAUCUCAGGGUCUCAUUUCAUGUUUUUCAGCUCUUUAUUAGUUUCGGAAACACUGUUCCUGGCCUGCACGUUCCCAAAGUGCUUGUUGCUGUCCUUUCAUGUGCUGCCCCCAGUGUGUAUGGAGGGAGGCAGGUCCCUUUAGCCAUUAAAAAGCAAAACAAACCUCAAAAA